UUGAGGGCGAGAAAACAGAGAACUGGGUUGGGGGAGGUUCAAGUGGAGCAUUCUUGAUCACAGGAUCAUUGAGAUUAAUUUAGGCUUCUUUUUCUUUUCAGCCUUCCUUUCGAAAGUGAUAAUCCAGACGCAGGGGUUCUUUGUCCCGGCAUUUUUCGUGCAGACUGAUGAGUUACAUGUAUGUACAUGUCUCGUUGAGUCGUUCACCGCUCGAGUGCGGCUCAUCCGGAAAAUUUCAGCCGGGGUUCGUGGCAGAACGAGCGCGAUUGUUUCGUUAAAGCCAGGGAGAAAAAGCCAGUCAUCUCUCGCCCCUCGGCCCCUAACUGGCAGUCUGGCACACAAGCCAGCCGCGAAUUGAGUUUCGGCGCUCCCAGUGGGCCAGUGGACACCAUACGCUAGGUUUCAGGCUCUGGCAAGUUGUGGCAAGGCGCAUGGCUUGUGGAGCAAAUGGGGCGGGUUUGGGGCUCCCACCUGUGCGACGGACGGCCGAACCAGCAACCGAGUCUCCAGUGGUGUUCUCCAGAUGCCAGAUGUCAGAGCGAACCUCAACCAGGACACAGGGAGGGCGAUCAUGAUUUUGGUGGGCUGGAGAAUCCAGAAGAAGUCACCGCCACAGUGGAGCUUCAUUUAAUUUGCUUCCUUUUUGCUUCUGAACUGUUGUCCAAAAGUUCGACGGGCUGGCUUUGCUAGCUUCGAGUGGAAGUGAGUGGGAAGAAAAACGCAGAAUAAUAAUAUGAAAAUUUGCCGGAAAAAUAAAAAAAAUAAAAAAAAAAAAAUCGAAGAUCAUCAAUUUUGUACUCCGUAUAGCAUGUAGUAUAUUUCCUUGUUUGGGGGGACGACUAAGGGGUAAAGGGGAAUAUUGAGCCCUGUCAUAUUGUGUCACCGCACUCACACUCACACACAAACAGGAGUGGCACACUCCACCAUUCCAUUCCCAAAAAUGGGCAAAAUUGCAACAUCAUUGACGUCUAUCCCCUAGAGCUCUUGAUCCGAGAUCCCGGUACUCUGGGUCAUGCAGGCCUUAAUGCUGCGCAUUUUGCGCUUGGGAUCAAAUCGGCCACACCACAACCACCCACUACGCUCCCUGCAUACGCAUACAGCGUAGAUAGUUGGCAGCUAGCGCAGACUGCGAACAGGGGGGAGGCAAAAAAGAGAAAUUUCUUAUUACAUAACUACAUAGUAGCUGCUGUAAAGCUACUGAUGACAUCGGGAAUGUGUGCCCUGCAAACAUCAAAUUCCAUGCACGGGAGGGAUGUCUGGAUUAUUUUACACGAAAGCACCAAUAUAUUAUGAUUAUCUUGAUGCAUGGAAUUUCUUCCACACUUGCUGAAAUGUUAGAGAUGACCGCGAUUGUCAGAAAAUGAACGAUUCACUUUUCACACUCGUAUGGUGGCUGUGGGGAAAGAAGAGAAAUAAUCCUGCUGAAACAGUUGAACAUUCAACGAGCUAAUUUAAGAAGCUGGAUGGAUAUAAUAGCCGACGACAGACUCGGGGAUACAUACGAUGAUUAACUGAACCAUCGUUUGGCUUUCAUCAUUCAAUAUGCAGGUUUAUUACGUGUGGCGAAAAUGUGUGUAUCGCUGCAUCUAUGUAAGAACUGAAUUGAUCUAUGAAUGUACUGCACAGGGCUCUUGGGGUUACACUGGCAGGGAAUGCAGGUUUCUCGCAUACAGCUCAGCUUCAAAAUUAUAAUAAUUCAUAAUCGUGUGUUAGCAGUUGAUAUGAUUAUAUUUCCAUCAUCUCCAAUUCCCAAACAAAAAGAUAAUACCUGAGUGAGUGGGAAUAAUGCGCCAUAACCGAGAACAAAGGGCAAAAAAGGAAAAAAGAAGAAGCAGGACAGGUGGAUCCCCAUCCGUAGUUAGUUAACUACUUAUUAUUUGAAGAACGCGAGGAGACAAAAAGAAACAAAAAAAAAACACCAUUACGCACACAGAAGCUGUAAUUUAUCCUUGAGAUGCAGAAAAUAAGCAACAAAAGUACAGGACAUCGCGCACACACAGAUCAUAAUAAUAAAAAUAAUAAAUAAUGGUUAUCUCCGGCGCAGGCAAGAAGAAGAAUAGGCAUCAGUUUGCCUUAUUUUAGUCCCCGGGGGGUGUGUUAUUAUUAUUAUGCGGAUAAGGUCAAAUGAAAGCGGAGGAAAUUUUGAAGAAAACUGGGAAGAAAAGAAAAAGAAAAAGCAAUAUAAAAUACCGGGUACCUCGUUCUUGUCUGACAUUUGCAUUAAUUAUGUCUUGAUUAAUUUUCCCUUUUUCUCAACAUAUUUAAAUAUCUCGUUUCUUCCUGUUCUCCCUCCCCUCGACUUUAAGCCUCCUCUAUCAAAUACAUUCAACCCGUUAUUAUAUUCUCCUCCAAAGAAUUCCACAAUUCCUCCCACUCUCAUUAACUAAUUCGAUAUAUAAAUAGUUAACCCUACUCCCUGCUCCUCUACAAUUCCAAGCUUGAUAUCUCCACGUCAAGUCUUCUUCCAGAUAGUGCACACAAACACACAAACCAUAUAUAUCCGGUCUCCUCGAACUUUGCCCAACUUUUUCUCAGGAACAACAGCCUCCGACUCUCACAAUGCCUUCUUCCUAUACUCCCUCCGCGAGCCAAUAUCCUCCUUGCCCCGGCCCUCCUCCCAAGGGCCCUCUUCCACCGGUACCUAAAUAAGAGCGUCACUAUGGGGUGGUGUUUGCGUGGUUGAUUAUUGAUUCUCCUCAAAGUCUUUCUAAUCGUCUUCGAACUCUUGACCUUCCUCUUCUUCUCCCACCCCUGGGCCUCUUGACCGCCCUCCGAACCCUCAUGUAUAACAACAGGCCAUAAUAGGCAGCUGGCUGUCAGUUGUGUCUUGUAUCAUCGAUAUGGAUCCUGAGAACACCUCUAUUUCAAUUCGUUGGCUUUCUCCAACGCCCUCCUGCGUCGGGCCAAGAAAUCCCUUUCUCUGCUUGCAUGCUUACUUUUUUGUCGUCUUUUCAAUUUUUAAUUUUUCAAUUUUUCAAUUUUUCAAAUUUUUUUUUCUUCUUCGCCAUUUUCUCGGCAUUCCUUUAACCGCCCCACGUCACGUCAUACAUAACAUUCGAGCUCGCCGGAUCCCUUACGACUGCUCUAAUGCGAUACUGCUAACCACUACUGCUAACCACUACUGCUGCUUACCCGAGACCCGAUGCCUAAAUCAGUCAGCAAAACCUUGCGCUCUUCCCUGUCAGCGGAUUUCGCCUAAUCCCAAAGAGAGAGAGAGGAAAAUAUUAUGGAAUGGGAAAAAACGCCAAUUAACCCUGUCGCCAUGAAAUACGAUUUCACUCACCGCCUCAAGGUUCAGCUAAAUACGAGUUAUGACACAUUGCUCUUUUCUCAAUGGUCUCGAGUUUUUCCCUCUAGUGCGCUUUGAUCUUCGUUGCUCCGGGGUAGUUAAAUCCACGUGGACUGGCAAGCCGCAAAUCUUUUUUUGGGAGCAAUAUCCGGCUCUACCUGCGACUCUGUCUGGGCAUUCUGCACGACGUUGUUCCGGGUACCCCUGAACCCGUCAAGCCCCUGGCCACCCAAGGCCUGCUAGCAGUCGUAGCUUCGGCUUCCUCAAGUCAUCUGACACCUGGAAUCCUUUGUUUGCCAAUCCUUUUAACGACGAUUCUUUGAGCAAGCCCUUGAGCCAGGUCGCUUAUUCAUAACGACGCCAUACCCGGACAACCCGCCCAUUGCCCCUCUCCCCGCAGACACUAUUACCAACAUGCAUAGCGUCCCCUGCCACAAUAUCCAUGCUGACUGCAAUGCUUUAUAUGCAUUCCCGAUCUUCACACUGCAUAUCCUGGAAUCUCAUCGGUUCUUUGGUAGUCGAGACCUCGCGCGCGACAUGGAUUCCUCAAGCGAACUCUAUGUGUCGUCACUUGGGGCGGCGGGGCAACCGUAAAAGAGGGGCUUUAACUCCGCCGGCCAGUUGGCGGUAAUUAUGAUAAUGCAAGCUUUAGCUUUUUGCAGUCUCCUAUUGACGGAGGGAUGCGGAGAGAUGGAGAGCGUCAUAUCAAUCGGAGGCUCCACAUCGCCAGCAUGCGUCGCUCCGCCAAUCCUUCGGCAGUUUAUAUGCAUGCUUACUCGCAUAACUUGCUUGCUUCGACCAAUCGACGAAAUCUGCAUGCUGCCCCAAUCUCCGUGGACCUUCGCCUCCUCCCACCCCAUUCCAUUCCCGCCUGUCUUGCCGCCUUUGUGACGAACCCUGUCUGCAGCCCCUUUUGCCAGUUAUGCGUUUGCUUCAGGAUAAUCUUCAGACAACUCAGAGGGUCCCUGCACUGGCACUCUCCCACACGUCGAGUUCCCCUCAGCCUGUGCGACAUCAAUCAUUGACAAAUCACCAGUUGUGCAUGGGCAGCUGCCCUACUAAGGCAUGGCUUGAUGGGGGGUAUUUUGACAGUACAUUUUUUGACCUUUCUCUCACCCACGCUUUCCCGCCGACGCUUCUCCACUUUGAAUCUUGACGAUUCUAUCUUUUUCAUCUUCUCUUUCCCCUUGCUCUGCUCUCGAGGUGUUUUCCGGCUUGCCAGUUCGGCAUGAAGCUCAUUUCCCCUUCUUCUUACCUCAUUCACCCCGUCACGCACCACCCUAACCAACCCUACUAUACCCCAGUUCUCACCUAUCUCUACCCCUUCCCUUGGCCUUCUUUAGUCUCUGUUCUUUUUUUCUUUUCUCUCUCUUUUUUCUUUUUCUUUUUGCUCUUUUCAUAUUUCUGUCUUACCAGCCUUUUAAUUCACACCACUCUGUAAUGUCUUUUUUUUCCCCCUAUUUUGCGCCUGUAUUAUUAUUGUAAUAAUGUCUUGCUAAUCACUGAUCGAAAUGUUGUCAUGUCGUGGAUGACGAUGACUUCCGUCUUCCUGGUUUUUCAUUUAAUCGUGUAUUUUUUUUCCCUAUCUCGUGUCAGCUCAAUGCAUCCAUACCCUGGCGUUUUCUCUUAUUAUGCCUCUUUUGUCGUUUGAAGCAUAUUGCUUGCUCGCGUGCUUACUUUGGAUUUUAUUCCCUAAGUAAUAAUCAUAUCCUUUUGGGCAUAUAGUGCAUUGGGAAUGGAAUGUACAGCUUUCUCACACACCCACACACACAUUUUCUUUUCAUAAUUAGUGGUGGCAUUGCAUGGUGGUAUCUGUGUUGUACCUCACCGUAACGAUCCCACGUGUGAAUGAUAUUCAUACUAUCUAUCCUCUAUCCCGCUUUUUCCUUAGUUUUAUCCCAUGUAGCUUGUAGCUUUGUGAGCCCUGGGCAGUCUCAAUGACAUAUGCUGGGUGUGGGUGUUUUAUUUUCAACCCCCCCGGUUAUGGUUAUUGGUUUUACAAGAGUGAGUUUGCAAAUUCGAGCAGUGAUGCAAUGAUGCAAACGCAGCAAACACUCAACCCGCCCCAUCGUGGCGCCAUCAACGACAGGAGUAUAAACACCCCUCCUUCGCGACAAUCUUCGACCACCGCGGAUGCUGUCUUAUACCUUUUACUCUACAUAGCCAUAUCUUCCGCUUACCUGUCCAUUGCGUCGAUUGACUUCCUUGGCACCUCGGGCACUAAGCCAUGGAUGACACUUCUGCCGCUCCCUCUGUGCCGGAGGGAGUGUUUUCCCUGCUGGAUACUGACCUAUACAAACUUACUAUGCAAUGCGCGGUGCUGAAAUACUUCCCCGAUGCUGAAGUCACGUACGCCUUCACCAAUCGGACAAAGGAUAUGAAAUUUACUAGGGCCGCUUACACAUGGCUGAAGAAUGAGAUUGAAAAACUUGCAAAUAUCUCACUCACACCUGAGGAACACGAAUACCUCAAGUUACAAUGCCCAUACCUUAAUCCUGCUUACCUGCGCUACCUGUCAUCCUUCCACUUCAAGCCCACAGAACAACUCGACAUCUCCUUCAUCCCUAUAAAUGAUACUGGUGCCGACUCAGAUAUCGGAGAUAUCAACAUAGCAAUACAUGGCCUGUGGGUCGAGACAAUUCUCUACGAGAUACCUCUCCUUGCGAUCGCCAGUGAGGCUUAUUUUAAAUGGUGUGAUCGUGACUGGGAUUACCACCAACAAGAAGAGAAGGCAUAUAGGAAGGCCGCCACCCUUUUAGAGCACAGAUGUAUCUUUUCAGAGUUUGGCACGCGCCGGAGAAGGAGUUACCAUACGCAGAGUCUGGUCAUGAGGGGCCUCUGUCGCGCUGCAGCUGAUGGCAAGGAAAAGGGCUGGAAGGGUGUCUUGUCUGGCACCAGCAAUGUGCAUUUCGCUAUGAAGCAUGGUGUCGCUGCUGUGGGCACUGUUGCUCAUGAGUGGUACAUGGGAAUUGCGGCUAUUACUGAUAAUUAUGAAAAUGCCAACGAACUGGCUUUGCGUUAUUGGCUGGGCUGUUUCGGGGAAGGGGUACUUGGCAUAGCCUUGACGGAUACCUUUGGCACACCCGCUUUUCUAGAUGCAUUUCGCAAGCCAAUACCGGGCUACACAACGGCAACACAAGGAGCAGAAGGUACUAUGGCCUCGUUCGCAGGUGGAAAUUCCACAACUGACAACUUGUCCGAGACGGAACCGCCAAUUGCGGCCCCUAUAAAAUCCUCUCCCGCCGUGAAAAAGGAGGAACAACAUACCCCGUCAACCAAAACAUACGCACAGGCCUUCACGGGUGUGCGCCAGGAUUCGGGUGAUCCAGUCUACUUCGUCAAGAUGGUACGCGACUUUUACGACAAGGAAGGCAUCAAGGAUAAGAAAACACUUGUGUUCUCCGACUCGCUGAAUCUGCAGCUGUGUUUGGACUACAAGGUCGUUGCUGAUGAAGCAGGCUUUCAACCUGUCUUCGGUGUCGGGACGUUCCUUACCAACGAUUUCUCCCAGCUAUCCGACCACAAGAAAUCUGUCCCGUUAAAUAUUGUCAUAAAAAUCUCCUCUGCCGGCGGCCGGCCCGCCGUCAAACUUUCAGACAAUCUCGGCAAAAAUACCGGUGACACCCAUACCGUUGUUGAGGUUAAGAAGCGCCUUGGGUAUGUUGAGCGUGACUGGCAGAAUGGAGAUGAGACGCGGAGGUGGGGGAAGAGGGGCGAUUGAGGGUGUAUUUGUGGGGGUUUUAUUACCAUUGACAUAGAUAUAUGACUUCUAAGCAGCGAAGUUCGUCAUGAAUAGAAUGUUUCCUCGACUAGUAGCAAGUCUCUUUAUUAGAAGAACAAAAGGGAAGACACGCGCAUGAUAUCAGGUGUAGGCAAUGAAUUUGUUGUAUUAAAAACGAACGUCUUAUAACACUGAAUACAGAAGAUCUAUUGAUACAAACCGGCUGAUGACUUCAAGUGCCUUAUGCUUUUGAAUAAUUUGACAAUAAUAUGAUGUGCUUCUCUACCUGCUUUCCCCUACUCUUUCUACUCUUUCAUCUUCCAGCCUACGCAGAGGAAAUCAUUACUUGAAGGAUCAAGAUGCCAGCAAGCGCUACACACGGCUAUUAUCACAGUAACUCGGACUCCGACUAUUUCUCACCCUCCAAUUACCUCAUGUCCCUCGCUGCUUAGAUAGAUCAAGCUGCCUUCCUGGCUACAUGAUACCAGCUCCAUUAGAACUUCAUGCUUCAUGGUCUUGGGUGAAUAUUCGCCUAGGUACUUAGGUAUGGAGUUGAUCCCCUCCCCCGUCCCUGGCGGACUCCAACUUCCCCAGCAAUAUCUCCCCAACAUUCCACCCUCGCAACCGCGAAGUCCCAGGGGGCUUCGAUCUGCGCCUGAGCAGCCUGUUUCAAUCAUGGUGUAGCAAGCUACUGUCUAUCGUCAGAAUUGCUCAAGGAUAUGAUGGAUAUUGAGUAGAAGCAGGGUUGGGAAAUGGCCCUUCCUGAGAAAUGAGAAAUAGGGAGACCUCGGUUUAUCAAGUAUUCAGGGAUUUAAAGUGACUGAUAUAGAUGAAGUGCGAUAAUAGCAUAAUGGAAUUCAAUAUUUCCACCUAUAUCGAGUUGACAGCGCGAUGGAGUUUUAUCCAACGACGAAGCAAACCGGGUGAAUUGGAAAUAGUCAGCUACAGGCUCAGCGAGUAGGUCUCAAAGAUUUUUUACUUUUUAUGAAUUUUUGUCUUGUAUUAACACGGUAUCUCUUCCUUUCGCCUUGAUAUUUCCCGGCAUUUCUACCAUUCUGCGGGGGCAAGAAGAGGGGAUGCAGACGACCCGUGUAUGUGGGAAUUGGAAAGGAGUUAGCUAACUAGCAAUAUCUUGUGGAAC